AGCGGUACGUCAGGCGGCAGUGGACUGCGGUGAACUUCUCGCUCGCUUGUGUCAUAGUGACUUUUCCGGUCAGAACAAUGUUUACCGUGCUUCUGAUCAUCUAUUGAGCAUUAAAGUGAGGAUCUCCAGGAUGGUUCAAACGGAGACAAGUGAACCGGUGGCAAGUCGACACGUAGGUAUCUAUGGAUGGAGGAAGAGGUGUCUCUACCUGGUAUUGCUUUUACUGCUGAUAAUAAUAACAGUUAACCUAACUCUGGUGUUGUGGAUCGUCAAAGUCCUCACGUUCAGCACGCAUGGAAUGAGCUACAUUAACAUGGUCGGAAGCGGGAUACAGUUCACUGGAAAGACCUUCAUCCAGGACACGCUGGUGGCGUCGGGGCUGUUCACCAGGCCGGGGGAGACGUUCUCCGUCCAGAGCGCCAAAAAUCUCUCCCUUACAACCACAGACCGCCUUGGGUACCUAUCAUCCAACAUAUACCUAGGGGACGGGAAGUUGGAAAUCAGCACACCGACAUUCAAAGUGACGGAUCUGCGAGGGAAAACUCUUUUUUCUGUUGACAAAGACGCGGUGUCGCUUACAGCACAUUCACUCUCUAUUUCAGGUGAAGGCGGUGCCGUGUUCGAGGGGAGUUUGCAGACGCCCGUCGUUAGUGCAGACGUCCGUUCCGACUUGGAAUUGGAAGCAGCCUUCAAAGGUGUUCAAGUAGUGACUCCAGCUGGGGUGUCCAUAGAGAGCCGCGCAGGGGACAUCCUCGCUUCCAGCCAUCACGACAUCAACCUCAUCACGGUCGAAGGCUCGAUCAAGUUGGAAUCUACGAACGUGCUGAUGCCCUCGCUGCCCCACCGGACGCUCAAUCACCAUCGACCUCGCAAGCACCACCAUCACCAUGUCGAUCGUAUCUACCAGCUGUGUGUCUGUAGCAGCGGCGAGUUGUACCUCGGGGAGGCAGACAGCGUGUGCGAAGCAUCAUCCGUCUGUCGAUAGUGUACGCUUCGUGUGUGUAAAUAAAUAUAUGUAUAGCAAUAUAACUACUAUGAGCUAUGGCACUGUUGAGUCUGGUAAUAUAAAAUAUACUUUGAAAGUAACA